AUGUGCCAGGAGUCGAACCGUCAGUAUGACACGCAGUCGUUGACUGCGAGUGUAACUGACUAUCCCACGGAGAAUGGAAGACGAUACCACAAAUACCAUGAGGGCUCAUACGUUUACCCGAACGAUGAGCAGGAAUUGGAUCGGUUAGACAUGCAGCACCAUAUGGUCAAACUGGUCAACGAUGGACGACUGUUCUUCGCUCCCAUACAUAGCCCUAAACGAAUCCUCGAUAUCGGUACUGGAUCUGGCAUAUGGCCCAUAGAAAUGGGUGCGUCUUCCUCCUGUCACACCGUCGCUUACUCCCAGGCAGUUUCUUACUUUUCCAUCGCUCCUGUAGCAUCCAUCUUCCCUGAGGCCGAAAUCACAGGUACUGAUCUGUCACCUGUUCAACCGACCGAGGUUCCCAAUAACGUUCACUUUCUCGUUGACGAUGCCACCGAAGAAGACUGGCUAUGGGACGCAGACCACUUUGACUUGAUUCACACAGCCCAUAUGAUUGGUUCGUUCCCAUCGUUCAAGGAUGUCUUGCGCAAGGCAUUCAAGCAUCUCAAACCUGGCGGUUAUAUGGAGUGCCACGAGUUCGACCCUAAGCUUAAAUGUGACGAUGGUACCAUGCCUCCCGAGAAUCCUGAUGGCUUUUGUGAAUAUGCUUUGCAUGAUUGGGUCGAUCUCAAUGUGCGCUCAAGCCAGGUUACAGAUCCCCCAAGACAAUUUCGCAUCGCUCAUCGUAUUGCGCGCUGGAUGAAAGAAGUCGGCUUCGUCGACGUUCAGGAACGCAUCUCCAAAGUUCCGACCAAUCCAUGGCCUGAGGAUCCGCACCUGCGUACAAUCGGCACUUGGAAUGAGACAAAUUGGCUAGAGGCUCUGUCCGGAUGGUCCUACAAACCCCUUCUUGCACUGGGGUGGUCGAAGCCGGAGAUCGAAGUUUUUCUGGUUGAUGUGCGAAAAAGCAUUCAGAAUCGUGACGUCCAUAGUUACCUGGACUUCUAUGUCGUAACGGGGAGGAAGCCGCGCCCUGGCGAGCAAGCCUCCUGA